AUGGUCGUUCACAUCUUGGGGAAAGGUUUCAAAGGUAAAGAGGUCAUCAAGAUCGGGCUGGCCUCCAAAUUUUACGGUAUUGGUAGAACGACGGCUGAAAAGGUGUGCUCGAAAUUAGGGUUCUACCCAUGGAUGAGAAUGCAUCAACUGUCAGAACCCCAGAUCAUGAGCAUAGCAAGUGAACUGUCGACAAUGACCAUCGAAGGUGACGCUAGGGCAGUUGUAAAGGAAAAUAUCGCAUUGAAGAAGAAAAUUGGUAGUUAUAGUGGUAUGAGGCACGCUUUACAUUUACCUGUUAGGGGCCAACAUACAAGAAACAACGCGAAGACUGCAAGAAAGCUUAAUAAGAUUGAUAGACGUGGACUCCAUACAUUCCCUAAUUUAUCUUUUUGGUCAUAUAUCUUUGGCAAAUAA